ACACUGAACCUAGGAAGAAGAGUUUAAAAUCAAGAUAGAACAACCCUUUAUCUUUUCUAGGCAAUGCUAUGGAAGAUCUGUUACUGUAGGGAUGUUUCUGAGAGAUAUUGUGUUCUAAUAUAUCUGCUACAGCAUCCUACCAAAAUGAACUCUCAAGCAUUUUCUAUUUUUCCUGUCCCAUCAAUGGUUUAUAUAGGCCUACUUGUUCUUCAAGUUUUUGGUGAUGCCAUGCCAGCAAAUAAGGCUUUGGAUGAAUCUACUGAUUUUCCACGCAAAAGUCAAUACUCUGGAUCCAAAGUGGAUAGCCUCAUCAAUGGAACACUUGGUGAUUGUAUUCUCCUUGAUCUGGAGAACAGGAACCCAGCAAUCCACAUUCACAACGUGAUUUGGAAGAAAGGCAAUGCCUUGAUUGGGAUGAUGAUCAAUGGUCAGAACUGUACAAUCCAUAGCAAAAGAUGUUUUAUCUAUAACAAUGGCACCUUGAGCUUGUGUCCUACUCAGUUGGACGAUAUUGGGCAUUAUACAGUGGCAGCAUAUAGUGAGGAUGGACGCUUUCAAUACAGUAACAGAAAGGAACUGCUGCUUACACGAUCCAAACUGCAGGUUAGUCUCACCAAAGGAACACUUGGUGAUUGUAUGCUCCUUGAAAUGAAGACCACAAAACAAUCAAUCCACCUUCAUGAUGUGAUUUGGAAGAAGGGCAAUAUCACAAUAGGAAAGGUGGAUGGCCAGAAUAUUACAACUUGUAUAGACACCAAGAGAUGUCUUAUACUUAACAAUGGCAGCUUGAGCUUGUGCCCCACUCAAGUGCAGGAUAUCGGACAGUACACAGCAGAAGUGUUUACCAAGGAUGGUGUGUAUCAGUACAGUCACACAAUUCAACUGGAACUUAUACAACCUAAUCCACAGAAGACAAUAUGUUGGCCCCGUAUAUUCUUCUUCAUCUUAGCAGGAGCUCUUGUUGCAGCGUUUCUUGUUCUAUUGGGCUCAUGUAUAUAUCAUGUUGGAAAAUGGAAGAGGAAGCCAGUUCUCUGGAAAACAAGAAGACAACGCCAUGCAAGUUGGAGAAAGAAUGUGCCUGACUAUGCAGUAGUUUAUAGGAGAAAGCAAGACCAACCAACUGCAAGUCCAGAGUUACAAAAACCACAGGCUAUAGAAACCAGAGAAGAAGGUCAAUGGUUUUCAACUGGGAAUGAAAAAGAGACUGCAGUAGCAGCAAUAGCAGCAGCAGCAGCUCCCAACACAGGAAACCCCAUGCUUUUAAAUAUCUCUAGUUUUCAAGUGACCCAGCACACAUGCAUGAUGGGAAAAGAGACAAUGGAAUUCUGAAAUCAUCUGAGACCCAAUUCUAUUUAACAUGCUAUCUCGUUUGUCAGAAGAUGCUUUUCAUUUAGUAGCUAGGCAGAGGCUUUCAAAGUGUAAAAAAAUAAAUCUUAUUACUAAUUUUAAUCUCGCAAAUAUGAAACAAUAAAAGGCCAUUUUACCUCUUCGUGAGGUGAUGAGAAACUGCUCUUUCAGCAAAUUGUCAUUACAUAGAUAGCAAAUGGGGUGAGUUUUAUGUAUAGAUUCAAUAUUAUGUUGUAAUCUGUUAAGACCCAACUGUACUGUAUUGUCCUGAUUAAAAUAAGCAAUGUUUAAUAUGUAUUGUGUAUCAUCCAACUUCCCCUCUUGCAUUGUCCCUGAUCAUUAAUUAUCCUUGUCUAUGCCUAUUGGGGAUGCAUUAUUAAAACUGCUGUUGGUAUGAGUUGCUAGACUUGUCAUUCUUCAGGUUUCUUUUAAUCCAAGACUAUAGAAGCUGAAGCUAUGCUUUUGCAAGGGGACUGGACUGGAUAUAUCUUCUAUAUA